AUGUCUGUUGACCAAGUCUUUCAGUCAUGGUACAAGGGCGAUGAUGCGAAUAAAGCGGAUAUAGCGCAAGAGGCCUUCAAGUCCGUGAAGCAACACUUCGAGCAGAGUAAUUCGUUGAGUAGCGACGAGAAGGCUCUUUUGGGGAAGAAGUCGUCAUUACAAGAUGUUGAGAAGGCAGUCAACGAUGCAUUCGCAAAGUAUGAAGCUAAGAGCGAAGCUUCAAAAACACGGAAAUGGCUACAGAAGGCUUCUGAAUCAAUAUGCCAUUAUGGCCAAGUACUCGAUGUCUUUGUUCAACAUCAUCCAGAGUAUGUGUCUUUGGCUUGGGGAUUGAUGAAGGUGAUGUUCAUAAGCGUAGUAAAUCACGGCGAGACGCUCAAAUUGUUAUCAAAAUCACUCUUUGAGGUCGCACAGCGUCUUCCACGCAUCCAACACCUAUCCGCCCUAUAUCCAACCAAGAACAUGAAGCUAGCCAUCGAAAGCCUCUACUCUUGUGUCAUGGAAUUUCUACUGAUAGCUCACUCAUGGUGUAAUGAGUCGAAGUUCAAACACAUUUACCACAGCUUCACAAGACCACAUGAGUUGCGCUACGGCGAUCUUUUACAGAGGAUAGAAACUUGCACGGACAACAUCAACGAACUUGCAACUGUGGGAUCGCAGACUGAGCUUCGAGUUAUGCACAACACGCAGUCAUCAAAACUCAACGAGAUCAUCUUAAGUUUGCAGACUAGUGAGAAGACUAGGCAGGCCCAGAUCGACGGUCUCAAUUGUGCCAUUUCGAGAUUAGAGAUUUCGAGUCGAGACCAUGAUAGGAAGCUCGACUUGAUCAUGCAGUGGCUAGAGGCUUCUGGGUUAACAAUCAACGACUUGUUGACAACGAUAGAGAAUUUUCACUCCAUACAGACGAGUGCGCAACUUGACACAAACCAAAAGCUCUUUUCUCUGCAGUUAUCUCAAGCAUUGGCAACUUUUUCUCAGAGCCUUGAGGACCCCAAGUCCUUAUAUAAACACCACCUAUUCCUUCGUAAUAGGAGGGCCUCGGGCAGAGGAGCAGCAGUAUCUACUAACGAGUUCUGGUUGUCCCCAAAACUCGCAAGAUGGUCCUCUUGCGCACAUUCUUCUCUCGCAAUCAUCAGAGGCAGUUUCACAACUCGCUGGGCGAUUCAGGAUUUCGCCAUAGAUAUCAUUCAGGCGGUUACCAUGAUGAGAAUACCAGCUGUUUGGGUUUUGGGUAGCGCAAACAAGAUGACCUCGAAUGCGAUGCUGAGUCCAGUCGAUUUGGUGAGAUAUCUAACUUACCAAGCACUACGCAUUGAGGGGAUCAUUACGACAGAGAAGCAACUGUCAUUGCGACACUCACAGCUCGAGGAAGCUAAAACUAGCCAAGACUGGCUGGAACUCUUUAAGUUAAUUACGCAAGACUUGGGAGGGCAGGUCUAUAUCAUCAUUGAUCUUGCGACUGUGAGCUCAGGUCUGAAAGGAUCUGGUCAAGCCAACUUGAUCUACCAACUGAACGAAAUGCUGGAAGGCUUGAAUGACGAGAGACCGCACAAAAGAAACCGAACCAAGGUCAAGAUCAUAUUGCUUGUCUAUGAGUAUAACUGGAUGAGCUUGAUCCCGAGGGAAAUUUAUGAUCGUCUUGUCCCAGUUAAGAUAUCGGGAACUAAAGGAUUACAAGGAAGAAGAAUGCGGACAGCUGUUAAUACGAGAAUUCUACCGAGACAGAGAGAUUCCCAAUCUCGAACCGCAUAUAGAUACCCUUACCCAAAGGUGCUAGACGCGGAGACAAAGCUCAUAGCUGCUGGAGUUGGAUGGUCCCUCGGAGAUGGUAUUCGAAUCAAGUACAGUUCAUGUCCCCUCUGUCGCCUUAUACUGCGUCGCUUCGACCAAGAUUUCAUAGCUUCUCCAUCCACCGAUAAGUUUGAGCUUUUUUGGUCAUUGGGACCUGCCAGACGCCGGGCUUUCUGGACUCAUAAAGCUCAAGAUGAUACCUGGAUUGGCUUCGGCUCAGGUAUGGAAACGGCUGAUCACCCUAAUCCAAACUCGAGUUUCUUUCUUGAACCGUGGACGGGUCCUUUGGUGGAUUCUUCUAGGAUCUUGAGCUGGAUUUCAUCUUGCGAACAACUCCAUCGCUCGAAAUGUGCGAUGCCGACACACCUACCAUUUGCCGAGGCAUUCCCUGGUCUCCACGUCCUCCGCUUGAUCGAUGUUGAGCAUCAAUGUAUCGUAGAAAGGGAAGCUCUCGAGAAAUAUAUCGCAUUGAGCUAUGUCUGGGGAUUCGUCUCCAGCUUUCGGCUCACCAAAGCGAAUCGAACGGCAAUGCUUAUACCAGGCUCUCUGGAAAAGGUCUCCAAGAUGCUACCAAACACUAUAAAAGACGCCAUUGCGUUGGCAGGGCGUCUCGGCUGUCGAUAUCUAUGGGUUGACGCGCUUUGUCUGCUGCAGAACGACACGGACGACUUGACGUCGGGCGUCAAUGUUAUGGACCUUGUGUACGAGAGAGCUUGGUUGACAGUGGCCGCAGCCUGUGGUCAUGACGCUAACGCACGGCUCCCCGGUGUUCAGGAAGGUACUAGGGAAAGCUCUUUCAAUACAUUCGAGGUUGUCCCCGGUGUCCAGUUGGGAAUUGUGACAGGACUAGAUGGACUGCUCAGACAAUCAGUCUAUCACUCCAGAGCAUGGACGUUCCAAGAGCAAGUCCUAUCUCGCCGAGUUCUCUAUUUCAUUGACAACAAGGUCUUCUAUCGUUGCCGUGCAGCAGAACAUGCCGAGCACUUUGUAGACAAUCUAUCACAAACGGCGGUUGAAUCGACGUCGAGAUCUCUACUUCCGAGUGCAGUUCUCAUCAACAAGCCGGUGUCCGACUUAUCGAUGAUGCUUUUUUACUAUACCAAAAGGUUCUUAACAAACCAGAACGAUACAUCACGGGCUAUGGCUGGCAUUAUCAGGCGAAUUGCAGAGCUAAUGAAGUGCAACUUCCUUCAGGGGCUUCCAUCAGCCAUGAUUGACCUUUUUAUCAUAUUCUAUGCAUGCGAUACCAUUCUUCACCGGCGCGCCACAUUUCCAAGCUAUUCGUGGACAGGCUGGCGCGGUUCUAUCGAUAUGGACUUAGAAACGCCUGGUAACAGUGAAGUCAAUGACUGGCUCAGGGACAGAACGUGGAUUAUCUGGUAUAAGAGGAACCCUUCUGGUAUUACCCAUCUUGUCUGGGAUCCGGAUGCAAACCCGUCAUUCCCACUGUCAGAUAUGGAGUAUGUGGGCUAUCGUCAAAGACGCCCUUUCUCCAAUGGUCGAUACGUUCCCAGACAACUAGACACAAGGCGAACCAUGCCGACCGAACAGGUAUUCUUCUCUCGGGAAGUGCCGUCUUACCCAAUGCUGCAGUUCUGGACCCUUUCGCUGGUCUACAGAAUUUUUGAUAUUGAUGUUUUUAGGGCCACCGGAUAUCUUCAAGAUUCCAACAAUAGAAAAUGCGGUUUUGUUUUUCUGGAUGGCUUUGAAGAAACGGACUUCUUCGAACCAUGCGGUUUCUUUGAGAUAAUCCUCCUAUCCGAAACUUACAGAAAUAAAUUUGCAAAUUACACAUGGGUACAAUGGGACGACCCGUAUCCUCUAGCGGCAGGUCAAUGGAAAUAUUAUAACAUCAUGAUUCUAGAGUGGAACGGUGGAAUAGCUGAAAGGCGAGGUUUUGGUCUGCUUCAUCAGGGUGCUGUUAAGUUUAGUCUAGCUCCUGGUCCAUAUUGGAAGGAAAUAUUCCUAGCAUAG